AUGUCCCUCAAAACCUCCCUGGGAAUCGCCCCAGAGCCCUCAGCCUUCCUUGUGUCCAUGCUCGGGGCCUCUUGUCCCUCCCAGUGGCUCCCGUGGCUCUCCCAGUCUGUCCCAGUCACUCCCAGCGACCCCGCCUGUCCAUCUCGACCCCUGCGUGGAUUUGACGCCCGUCAGCCAAUCAGAGCGCGGGUCUCGGAUGACUCAUCAGUUGCCAGGCAGAUCCCCAGAGCCGAGUGCCCGCGCUGGACCCGGCCUCCCAGUGCCCUGCGCUUCUUUCACAGUCCCUCCCAGUGCCACCACAGUCCCCUCCAGCGCCACCACAUGCCACCCAAGUCCAUUCCCACUCCCUGCCAGUCCAUUCCCAGUCCCUCUCAAUACCAAACUGCUCCUGUCCUCUCCCUCCCACUGCCCCCCCCAGCUGAUCCCAGUGUGUCCCCGCUCUCUCCCAGUGCCCCCACCGUUUCCAUCUCCCUGGUGCCCUUUAACUCCCAGCCCGGCCCCGGCCGCCUGCUCUGCUCCGAGAUGGAUUUCUACCCUGCUGAGAUCCAGCGGAGCUGGUCCCAGGGCCAGCAGGAGCUCUCGGGGCACGUGGUGGCCACUGCCAUGACCAACGAGGACUGGACCCAGCAGCUCCCGGUGCUGCUGGAAACUGCCCCCCAAUGCGGGCUCAGCUCCAGCUUCCAGGUGGAGCACGUCAGCCUGGAGCACCCCCUGAGCCGGCACUGGGAGAUGCUGCUGGACCCCGGCCGCAGCAAGAAGCUGACAGGGAUUGGGGGCUCCAUAUUGGGCUUUGUGUUCCUGGUGCUGGGGCUCAGCUUUUGCCUGCACAAGAAGGUUGGGGGGGAGGCCCUCCCCCUGAGUAUGUGUGCUCCCCUGGGGCCCCCAGCCCAGUGUCACCCCCUUUUCUCUACCCACAGAGUUCCUGAGCCACCGGCGGCCGCAGCUGCUCCCCAUGGCCUUGGGCCCAGCCAGGCCCCCUGCUCUGUACCCGUGAUGAUUUUGGGAGGGGGUCGUGUGUCCCCCCAGCCCCGCUGUCACUUUGCCCCCACCAUGCUGCUCCAAGUGUUCCCAAUAAAGCUUCCCAGUUCUCCCUAGUCCCAUUU